AACGAUUCUUCUGGCUACGUGUUAUUACUCCACAAACUUGGCUCCGGUCCACCGUGUAGAGGCGGGUGAUUGGAGGUAGUAAGCAUAAAACCUGCUUCGGCAGUUCUUCCUCCCUGACCAUGCCGCUUAAACCGCACACUCCUCCCCCUCUCCCCCCCUCUCUCUCUCAUGAGCGAUGAAGCAAGCAUUGCAUCUACAGCUUAAGAGUUUCAUAAACCUUCCAAGCUUUGCAGUAGCUCCAAGAAGGAAUUUGAGAAUUGGAACAUUGAUCUCUUUUAGAGUAUGCACAAUGGGGUCCAAACGACUCAUCUCAAAUUCAUCGCUACCCGUGUCAUUUGAGGACAAGAAAGAGAAGAAACUGAAAGGAUUAGUGGGUGCAAACUCGACUUCUGAGAAGGUUGUUGUAAAUGAAAAUGGUGUGAAGAACUCUUCAGUUGAGUUUGAACGAUUUAAGGAUGACCCUGCGAGAAUCGAGGCAAUGACCGUUCAAGAGCUCAGGGCUACAUUGAGGAGCGUUGGGGUCCCUGCCAAAGGCUGUAAACGCGAUCUUCUGAAUGCUUUGAAGUGUUUUGCGGAAAAGAAGAUAGAUGGUAAAACUUCUCUGACGGUAGAAGAACAAGCAUCCUUUUCUGCUGAAAAUAUAUCUGUAAAAUGUAGUGAUAAGGACUUCUCUAAAGAAGACUGUGUUGAAGAUGUCAACACUGAUUUGGAAGUUCCUGGACUUCCGCAACAUAAGGGAAGGGUAAAGAAAUCUGCAACUGAGGAUAGUAUUAUCAAAUUCAAGACUAAAAGGGUCACAAAGAAACAAAAUCUGUCAAUCAGAUGUGAUGAAGGUUCAGGCGGGAUGGUCUUGGACACAAAGAGAAAAGUUUCUUCAAAGAUUGUUCAUGAAGUUGUUAAUGCUGACGAAGGAGUUAUGCCUGUCAUACAAACUGAACCAUGGACAGUCCUUGCCCACAAGAAGCCUCAGAAAGGUUGGAUUCCUUAUAAUCCUAAAACCAUGAGGCCUCCGCCUCUAACCCGGGACACAAGAUAUAUGAAGCUCAUGUCUUGGAAUGUCAAUGGAUUAAGAGCUUUAUUGAAAUUAGAGGGAUUUUCUGCGCUGCAACUUUCCCAAAGGGAAGAUUUUGAUGUUUUGUGCUUGCAAGAGACCAAGCUACAGGAGAAGGAUGUUGAGAAUAUCAAACAGUGUCUCAUAGAUGGCUACGAGAACAGCUUCUGGAGUUGUAGUGUUUCCAAGCUUGGUUAUUCUGGAACAGCGAUUAUCUCAAGGGUAAAGCCACUUUCAGUCAGAUAUGGCCUAGGCAUAUCAGAUCAUGAUAGUGAGGGGCGGCUUGUGAUGGCAGAGUUUGAUUCAUUUUAUCUAUUGAGUGGAUACGUCCCUAACUCUGGAGAUGGCUUGAGAAGACUGUCUUACAGGGUUACACAAUGGGAUCCAUCUCUGAGCAAUUACAUGAAAGAGCUGGAAAAGUCGAAGCCUGUCAUUUUGACUGGUGAUUUGAAUUGUGCUCAUGAAGAGAUAGACAUAUAUAACCCUGCUGGAAAUAAAAGAAGUGCUGGGUUUACAGAUGAAGAAAGGCAAUCAUUUGGGACAAACUUCUUGUCAAGGGGAUUUGUGGAUACCUUUAGACGGCAACACCCAGGUGUUGUUGGCUAUACUUACUGGGGUUAUCGGCAUGGCGGGCGCAAAACUAACAGAGGAUGGCGGCUUGACUACUUCCUUGUCUCAGAAUCCAUUGCUGAUAAGGUUUAUGACUCUUACAUUUUAUCUGAUGUGGGUGGUAGUGAUCAUUGUCCUGUCGGCCUUAUACUCAAGCUUUAGUUUUUCCUUUAUGGCACAAAAGCCAAUCUUUUGGGGCCUUAGGAUUUCCCUUUUAAUGGAAGUUUGGAUUAAUCUAAAUUCAUUGUAAGGACACUGUACAGGCUCUAUUGCUACUCUGCUAAGAGCAUGGCAAAAAAAAAAUCAAUGACCUAAUCUAUGAUUUCGACAUUAUUAGAAGCU